UUCUAAUUUUUUCAGUUUUAAUACAACAAAAUUCCCCUUUGAGAUGAAUAUUUUAAGUGCUUUGAAGAUAAAAAAGCUCAACUUGCAAAAUACCUGCACCUCCUAUUACGACUUCUUGGCCUGUGAACACAACUGUCUGGAUUCAUUGAGGUGCUCAACUGUGGCGCGCGAUCCGCCUUCCCAGCAGGAUCUUAAGCGAGCUCCCAAAGUGGUCAGAAGUGGAGUGCAGUACUUCGAUGUGGAUGACAAGGCGGCGCAGUGGUAUCUCGACACCCGACGAUCCGCAGCCGAAAGAAAGCCAUGCAAGAGGAGGUUCUGCUUCAGGUUUCAUGUGCCCAUUCGCCAUGCCGUUCGUCGAAAGGAUAAGGCGGCGACUUUCGCUCUUCCAGGGCGUCGGGUGUCCCCCGAGUUCCUCAGCCUCCUUAGGCAGCACCACGCCAGGAUGCGGGGUCUGGAGAAGCUGCCGCGAAAGUACCGGUCAUGCAAGCCCAGCUUCUCCUACUACAAAUACGAUGCGGCGGGUAAGAGCCGGCACAUGCGACCUGGCAUCUCCACAGCUGCACCUGUAGAAUUUCCUUGCACCAAUGUGGACUGCAUUCGUCACCGGAUCUGCUCAUGUCCGCCGAAAAAGGAAAUUCCCCCACAGGAGGAUUCCAAUCCUCCUGUAUCCAGCACAAAGCCCAGAAAAAAGCGAUACUCGCCUUUUGCUAAAGAGAAAGCAGCUGUUUUAGUGAAAAAAGAUGAAAAUGGAGCUAAGGAAAACCUAAAGGUAAAGGACGACCAGCCUAGGUCUAGGUUGCACAGAAUUUAUGCGAGCAAUCCAUCCUUAAAACCCCUGGAAACUAAUAAAGAGCCCCCUAAGCCAAUUGCAUCGAAAUCACAACCUAGUUUGAAUCCCCUAGAAAGUUGUCCUUGCUCUAUGGAACAGCCCUAUCCAGGGCCGAAAUCCAGUGUUCCACCCAUAUGUGCCGGUAAAAAUGUUAGGCCUUUCUUCAAAGCCAUUAAGGGAACUACCCACGGAUCCCGAAAUGGAAGUAAGAAACCAAGAAAGCGUAGUGAAAAGAACUGCUGUGAAGAUCAUAGCAAGACUCAAGCAGAUGCCCAGGAAGAUUCGCCCUCAGAGAACACAUUCUAUGCAUCCGUCUCCAAUCAUCAGGAACUUGGUCUGCAACAUCGUCAGCGACCCGACCUCCAUGAUCAGAACGAUAUUGAAAUCCCGCCAAAUCGUGAAGGGAAUAGCCUCGGCUAUAGAGGUUUCAUUCAUCGCUCCGAAAAGCAGAAACUUUUUGAUCGGGGCUGUGCUCCAAUCCCGAAGUGCAAGAGGAGUAAGCCACCACCAUAUUGCUACCUCUGGUCCGCCGUCGAUCCGGAUAUUCGGAAGGCGGAGAAGCGUCGACUCGCGGAAAAUAAUUGGUGCCAGCGGCAAAUGUUUCCAGACAGUAAACCUUACUCCUACUACUGGUCCACAACCAAUCCGAAUGUAAGAAGCCAAGUGAAGCGCCAAUUGAAGAAGGCUGACAGCAGGCGCAAUUGUAAGGUGCCUCGAAGAAGAAUCCAACCACCCAUAUGCAGUCGGGAUUAUUCAGAUCAAGAUGAGGAUAUAUGUACCUGCAGCAGAUCCACACUCCACCAGUUCUUUAAAAACACCAGCUCAGAUUCUUUUGAUCACCAGAAUCAUUUAUCUUGUUCUCGUGUCAAGAAACAUAAGUCAUUUGGCCUACACAGUAGAAGUCGGAAAGGAGCACCAAAUGACAGUUCACUUGACUGGGAAGACGAUCAUUCCACAAGCAAAAUACGUUCAAGAUGUCCAGGACUCAUCUCAAGAAGGUUAUCUACAGAUUCAGAUGGACAUCUCCUGAAGAAACCACGCCUGCUGCCCAGACUACAUGCUUUUGCCAAGCGAUUUCUCUGGUCAGGAUCCAAAGCAAUUGAGUUCAAGUCCAACCAAUCGGGGAACGGAAGACCUAGGCAUAGCCCCCGGUCUAUAAGUAUCAGGGAAGGUAAAUCCAAUGAAAGAGAACCUUUUGAUCUGGAGCAUCAAAAUGAAAACCAAAGAGUAAUGUGCAACCAAAGCAACUCUGCAGACAGAAAAAUCAUCUUCAGGGAUCAGACCAGUAACCAGGAUAUACGGGGACCAAAAGAUCCCAAGAUAUGGUCCAAAACAGUAAAGAAAAGUGUAAGAGCCAAUUCAAGACGAAAUUCCAAUUCACCACGUCCCUCAGACUCAGAAAUCGUAACGUACAGAAGGAGUUCCAACUCCUCCUUUGGGCUACCAUCCUGUUCCAGACGAUCUCCAAGAGCCAAGAAUUACCAGAUGUCCCAAGCAAAGAUGUCGUUAUGUAAUGGAAGAUGUUCGUCAGAUAGUUGCAGUCAUUGGAGCAGCCACUCAAGUGAUUGUCUAAGCACUGAACCACGGCAGCCAUCUUCCUGUCAAGUUCCUCAUCCUUUGGUGUCCCGAGCCCAGCGGGAGUGGCAGAAACAUCGGGAGCGUAAGAGGGCUAAGCGACAUGUAGAGAAAUGCAGACCAUGCACGGAUUACUUACUCACCUCACGGCCAACGGAGCCACAAGCUCGGGCCAUUCGUCGAGGAGUGGUUACAUAUCGAAACAAUGAGUUUACCACGGAACUAAGUGAUCCCUGCGUGAUUGAACCAAAGGAAAAACGUUUUCGAUUUACAGAACAUUGUCCCAUGCACAGGGAUAAAAACUAUUCGCGGUCACAAAUAAAACGACACUCCGCUCGAUGUUGUGAUGAUUCCGAUGCCUCCAGACACAAAAUUUCACACGGUUCGAGAAGGAUGCGGGGAGGUAUAGAUUUUUAUAAUAUAGAGUAUUCUUCACGGAGGCAAAGCAACACAGCGCACACCUUUCCAAAAAGCUUGCCUUUCAAACUCGAAAGCAACCAGAGGGGUCAUUCCCCAAAGCCAUGGAAAUCAACCAAGCACUUGUUUUGUUUCGACUAAAAGUAGGAUAAACGGUCAAGCAAGCCGACUGUCAAGUGGCCAUACCAUGUUUAUAGCAAUGGAUUACCACAUGACAGCGGACUAGCAUGUCACAAAUACUAAUGGUAAAUUAUAAGACAUUGUUCAUUUUCAAAUUAUCACGAUUAAAGUUUUAAUUGCGUAGAAA